UCUCCCACUCUAAUAAGAUUAAACCAGAUCAAGAGGCAUGACAUGUGCAAGUCAAAAACUAAGCAUGACAACCAUUCUAAAGCCUCUGCUUCUUCUCCUUCAGAUUCUAUUGCUCUCUUUGCUUCCACUAAGCAGCACAGCAUCACCAGCAACACAAGCAGAAGCUCUUAUCAAAUGGAAAAACAGCCUCCUCCCUUCUUCUUUUCUCAGCUCUUGGUCCUCUACCAACGUCACCAACCUAUGCAAAUGGAACGGUUUGGUCUGCGACUCAACUGGAACAGUCUCCGAAAUGGUCAUCUCUGGUGCCAACCUCAAUGGGACACUGGCCCAGUUCAACUUCACUCCAUUUCUUAAUGUCACUCGCUUUGACUUCAGCAACAACUUACUCAGCGGACCAAUACCUUCGGAGAUAGGCCAGUUAACAAAGCUCCAAUAUGUAAGUUUCUACAACAACUAUCUGAAUGGUACAAUUCCAUAUCAGUUUAGCAAUCUUCAAAAGGUAUGGUACUUGGACCUUGGAUCAAACUACUUAGUAACUCCUGACUGGUCUAAGUUUUUGAGCAUGCCUUUGUUGACCCGGCUUAGCUUUGCUUAUAAUUACCUCACUUCUGGGUUCCCCGGAUUUAUACUAUAUUGCCAAAACUUGACUUACUUGGAUUUGGCCCAGAAUCAGUUGAAUGGAACAGUACCAGAAAUGGUAUUUACCAAUCUGGGCAAGCUUGAGUACCUUAAUCUAACUGAUAAUCAGUUCCAGGGACCAAUGUCUCCAAACAUUACCAAGCUUUCCAAACUCAUAGAUCUUCGUCUAGGACGAAACAAGUUCAGUGGUCAAAUUCUCGAAGAUAUUGGCUCAAUGUCCAAUCUUCAGAUGAUAGAAAUGUACAACAAUUCAUUUGAAGGGAAAAUUCCUUCUUCAAUAGGUCAGCUCAAGCAGCUCUCGAAAUUCUAUCUUGAUUGGAAUGCCUUAAAUUCUACAAUUCCUUCUGAGCUUGGUCUUUGUACUAACCUCACCUACUUGGCCCUGGCUUCCAAUUCACUCACUGGGGAAUUGCCUUUGUCUUUAACCAACUUGACCAAAAUUACCGACUUGGGUUUAUCUGUUAAUAACCUUUCAGGUGAGAUCUCACCUUACUUUUUCAGCAAUUGGACAGAAUUAACCUCGUUACAGCUUCAGAACAAUCUUUUCACUGGCAAAAUUCCACUGGAAAUUGGCAUGAUGACCAAGCUCAAUCUUGUUUUACUGUUCAAUAAUACGUUCACAGGUUCAAUUCCAUCUGAGGUAGGUAACUUGAAAGAUUUGACAGAACUAGACCUAUCAAACAACCACCUGUCUGGUCCAAUUCCUCUAGCACUGUGGAACCUCACAAACCUUCAGACCUUACAACUUUUCUUAAACAAUCUCACUGGCACAAUCCCACCAGCAAUUGGAAAUAUGACUUCGCUGCAAAUUAUUGAUCUCAGCGCUAACCAACUAUACGGGGAAUUGCCAGAAACCAUAUCUGGCCUCAGUAAUUUACAGAGAAUCUCUCUUUUCACCAAUAACUUCUCGGGUAAUAUUCCAAGUGACUUUGGGAAGUUUAGUCCUUCUCUAAGCAGUGUUAGCUUUUCGAACAACAGCUUCUCUGGAGAACUGCCACCUGAAUUGUGUAGUGGCUUCAGUCUUCAAAAUUUCACAGUGAAUAAUAACAACUUCACAGGGCCAUUGCCUGAGUGCUUGAGAAAUUGUUCGCUACUACAGAGAGUGCGAUUUGAUGGGAACAACUUCAAUGGCAACAUUACAAAUGCAUUUGGGGUUCAUCCAAAUCUUUAUUUCAUUUCUCUUAAUGACAAUCAAUUUAUUGGCAUUAUCUCACCGGAGUGGGCAGAAUGUGGAUCUCUAACCAAUUUAGAGAUGGGAAGAAACAGAAUUUCGGGUGAAAUCCCUGCUGAACUUGGGAGGUUGCCUCAAUUGCACUCUUUAAUUCUUGACUCAAACGAAUUGUCUGGGCAAAUUCCAAGUGCAUUGGGAAAUCUAAGCCUAUUUGAGCUCAAUCUGAGCAAGAAUCUUCUGACAGGAGAGAUUCCUCAGAGCCUAGGCGGUUUGGUUCAGCUGGAGGAACUUGAUUUGUCUGAGAACAAAUUAACUGGGAACAUACCAAAAGAGCUUGGGAAUUGUGAGAGAUUAUUGAGCUUGGACUUGAGCGACAAUAACCUAUUGGAUGAAAUACCUUCUGAACUUGGUAAUUUAAAUGCAUUGAAUGUCUUGUUAGACCUCAGCAGCAAUUCACUCUCAGGAACAAUUCCUUCAAACCUGGCAAAGCUUACAUCAUUGGAAAGUUUUAACAUUUCACAUAACCAGCUCUCAGGGGAGAUCCCGGCAUUAUUUACGAGCAUGGUUAGUCUACUCCCCAGCUCCAUUGAUUUUUCCUAUAACAAGUUAACAGGUCAAAUCCCAACUAGUAAAGUUUUCGAAGAGGCACCUGCAAAUGCAUACAUUGGAAACUCAGGUCUGUGUGGAAAUGCAGCAGGACUAAGUACUUGUUACACAGAUUCCACAAAGAAAAAGCAUUCUAAUACACUUCUAAUUGCUGUCCUCAUUCCGGUUUGUGGCCUUUUAUUGCUUGCAAUUUUUGUUGCUGUAUUCAUAAUAUUUUACCGGAAAGCCAAAUUCCAUGAUGAAGAAAGCAGAAGAAUUGGAGAGACUGAUGGGAACUCUCAGUCAUUGAUAUGGGAAAGAGAAGGUAAAUUCACAUUUGGGGAUCUUGUGAAGGCCACUGAGGACUUCAAUGAGAAGUACUGCGUGGGAAAAGGUGGAUUUGGAACUGUUUACAGAGCAGCAUUGCCAACAGGUCAAAUUGUUGCUGUUAAAAGGCUCAACAUGUCAGACUCCACUGACAUUCCAGCAGCCAAUCGCCAGAGUUUUGAGACUGAGAUUCGUGUGUUGACAGAAGUUAGGCACCGGAAUAUCAUUAAGCUUUAUGGGUUCUGUUCAAUGAGGGGGUACAUGUACUUGGUCUAUGAAUAUGUAGAGAGAGGCAGUUUGGGAAGUGCAUUGUAUGGGUUGGAAGGGAAAGUGGAGCUGAACUGGGAUACAAGGGUGAGAAUUGUGCAAGGUGUGGCUCAUGCAGUUGCUUACUUGCACCAUGAUUGCUCUCCACCAAUUGUGCACCGAGACAUAACUGUGAAUAACAUAUUGCUCGAGUCUGAGUUUGAGCCACGACUCUCAGAUUUUGGCGUUGCAAGAUUGUUGAACCCAGAUACGAGUAACUGGACAACAAUUGCUGGGUCUUACGGCUACAUGGCUCCAGAGCUUGCACUAACAAUGCGAUUAACAGAUAAAUGUGACGUUUAUAGCUUUGGAGUGGUGGCAUUAGAAGUUAUGAUGGGAAGGCACCCUAGGGAGAUCCUAUCUUCCUUGUCAUUAAAGUCGAGAACAGCGACACCAGUUUCAGACACUACAGAAUUUCUUUUAAAGGAUGUUCUAGACCAAAGACUCCCACCACCCACAGGCCAAACAGCAGAGGAGGUGGUGUUUGUAGUGACCAUAGCCUUAGCAUGUGUGCGUGACACUCCAGAGGCACGACCCACCAUGCGUUUUGUGGCACAAGAACUAUCAGCUCAAAUCCAAGCUUGCCUGUCCGACCAAUUCGACAAUAUAACGAUUAGCAAGCUUACAGGGCAUCAGAAAUAGUACAAAUUGGAAUCAAAGCUUGAGUAGUGAUUACUGAUUAGUGUAUGGAUGAGGUACUGCCAGGCCUGGAAUGGAUUGUUCAAGAUGUUUAAUCUCAUUCUAGCUUCUAGGUAGGAACUAGUAAAUGAGAACGUUGUACCUAGAGGUCCCUUGUACAAUAAGCCUUUUUUUCUUUUUUUAAGUUUUUUUGAAUAAUAUGUGGGGCUGACCACAAAUUGAGCAGUAGUGAGGGCAAUCUUCAUUUCUAAUAUAUGUAUUCACAUGUAUACUUCUUAGAUAGUAUUUCUUGUACUUAAUCUGAUUCACUAUAUACAAUACUUCGCAUGUAAUAACCUAAA